CUAGCGCGCCCUGACGGUUUCGGUCGUGGGCGGCGACUGCUGGGUUUCGCCGCGGUGUGUGUGUCAUCGCCGCCGUGCCGCUUGUGAUCUGUGGCCUGUAGCACCGCCCGCCAUCAAGAUGAUGUCCCUCAUCAACCGCAUCCUGGACUGGUUCAAGAGCCUUUUCUGGAAGGAGGAGAUGGAGCUCACGCUCGUCGGCCUCCAGUACUCGGGCAAGACCACCUUCGUGAACGUCAUUGCCUCGGGCCAGUUCUGCGAGGAUAUGAUCCCCACCGUGGGCUUCAACAUGCGCAAGGUGACCAAAGGGAACGUCACUAUCAAGAUCUGGGACAUUGGUGGCCAACCGCGGUUCCGAAGCAUGUGGGAGCGGUACUGCCGUGGUGUCAACGCUAUUGUGUACAUGGUCGAUGCGCACGAUCGAGAGAAGAUGGAGGCAAGCCGCAAUGAGCUGCAUCAGCUGCUGGACAAGCCCCAGCUGGCGGGCAUUCCCGUGCUUGUUCUGGGCAACAAGCGAGACCUACCAGGAGCCCUGGACGAGCGAGAGCUCAUUGACCAGAUGAACCUGUCAGCCAUUCAAGAUCGUGAAAUUUGCUGCUAUUCGAUUUCCUGCAAGGAGCGUGACAACAUUGACAUCACGCUGCAGUGGCUCAUCUCGCACUCCAAGUCGUCCAGUCACUGACGCACCGGGGUCUGCAAUGGGCCUUCCUCUGUACAUAGACCUGCCUGUGUUUAAUAUUAAUUAAUGGGCUCCUCCCUACGGUUGAGGUGCCAGUUUCCCCCCCGCCGUACCGUGUGUCGUACGGCACGAAUAAAUAUUCAGAAAUUUUU